GGCAGCGAAGUCCAACCGUGGCUCUGCGAGCAUCCCUCACUGGUAAAUACAAAUACCCAGCAAGCAAGUACCUCGCAUACGGCUCCUGAGCAUUCGGCUGCGCUUCUUCAUCUGCCAACCAACGUCAUCGCCCGUCACUAGGUCCCUGCCCAAUCGUCCCGUGACGGUUCGCGACACUCACGCCAGCGCUGGUCGUCACCGCCAUACGCCCUUUGCACAUAUACGGUCAUAGCUAUACAUAUCCAUAAUACCCCUAUACAUAUACACAGUAUGCGCCAUACAUCUAGGUAGCAUCAGCUCGGUGCAGCGACAAAAGCCGGCAGGGUAACAUGGUGGAACUAUCGGCGGGAGCCAGCGUUGCUCUUGGAGUCAUCGUUGGCCUCGCCUCCACCAGCAUCCAGAGCAUCGGUCUGACGCUGCAGCGCAAAUCCCACCUACUCGAGGAAGAGAAGGAUGAAGACGAUGAAAGACGGCCGCCCUACAAGCGCCGGAGAUGGCAGCUGGGCAUGCUCAUGUUCAUCGUGGCAAACAUCGUCGGCAGCACCAUCCAGAUCACCACCCUGCCGCUCCCGGUCCUGUCCACCCUUCAAGCCUCCGGUCUCGUCUUCAACUCGAUUUGCGCCUCCAUCAUACUCAACGAGCCCUUUACAAGAUAUUCGCUCAUCGGUACAAUGCUGGUUGCAUGCGGGGCGCUCCUGAUCGCCCUCUUCGGCGCCAUCUCUGAGCCCUCACACAAUCUGGACCAGCUGUUGGCACUCCUUGUACGGAAGCACUUUCUUGUGUGGAUGAUCUCGACCGCCGUCGUAGUCAUCUUCCUCAUCGUUGCCAACUGGUUGCUCAAACGCCUAUACCCCCGCUCGACCCCCCGACUCCGGCUGCUUCGAGGAAUGGUCUUCGGUUGCAUAAGCGGCAUACUGUCUGCACAUUCCCUCCUUAUCGCCAAGAGCGCCGUCGAGCUCUUGGUGCGCACCAUCGUCGACCGCCAUAACCAGUUCAAUCGCUGGCAGUCGUGGAUGAUCCUGAUUGGACUAGUUGUCUUUGCCCUCACCCAGCUGUACUACAUGCAUCGCGGGCUGAAGCUGUGCAGCACGAGUGUCUUGUACCCUCUCGUGUUCUGCGUUUACAACAUCAUUGCGAUCAUAGAUGGUCUGAUUUACUUCCAUCAAAGCGACCGAUUGUCGAAUCUUCACGCAGGACUCAUCGCUCUUGGGACGGUUGUCCUCCUCGCAGGGGUCAUAUGCUUGAGUUGGCGACUAGAAGAUAGCGAGGAAGAGCCUACUUCCCCCGUGGCAAGUAAGCAUAUGGGUAGGGUGCAGAUGCCACAAACUGUGUUGCAACCAGGCAUAGGCCUAGUUCACGGCCACGUUAUAGACGAACCCGAGUCACCAAUGGACAUUGAGGAAGCCGCUCCAGGUGAACACGGCCUCGCAACAGAGCGGGCACAUCGUCAAGCAAUCGACGAGAGGACACCUCUGCUUGCAAGAUCCCCAACUGGGCCAGCCUACAACCUGAACACCGGGCCUAAGAAGCGCCCGACCUUGGACACGGAGCAGCAGAGCAGUCCACGAGCGAGUCCCUCUCCACGCAGACUGCCGAGAAGACGCCGGAUGACCAUGUCAGAAGAAACCCAUGAGAUUUGGAAUGAGCUGAACGAUCGUGAGGCUCUACCUUCUCCUGCAAGACGAUCUGUGGACCUAGGAGAGCGGCCGAGAUCUGGCACCCUAACUCAGCGGAGAAAGAACACGGAGUCGGCCUGGUUGAGCCAGAUGCGACGACGGUCUUGGUUCGAUAGCAUAGCUCCGGGCAGUCACCGGAGCAGAAGCGCAUCGCAAGGCAAUAGGCCAGUCAACAGCUCCUCAUCGCUUCUCAAUCAUCCAGAUCCAGUUGAUGGCGAUCAGUCGGACGCAGAUGUUGCUGAUACUGCUACAAUACAACGAAGUGGAAGUUGGGGGUUUGGCGGCCGUGAAAGGGGUGACGAGGGGCGAGGUGAUUGGCUCAAACUCAAGUGGUGGCGGAAGAGGUGGAGGGAGGGCGACGUCGACGUCGACGAGUAAUGCGGAGCAUGAUAUCCACUUACAUUGCCAUUUGCAUCAAUAUGAAUCAAUGAUAGACCCAUUGUCCAGUUUCAGCCUGCAUUGCAGCUCCUGACCCAAGAUAGGUAAGUCAUGGCAAAGUGUCUAACAUGCGACAUUUCUCCGAGUAUCAUGUUCACUAUCUCUACUACCACGUACGUUCCUAC